AUAGAAUAGAUUUUUCCCAAUUCGAUUUUCAGACGAAGAACAGGACUGAAUGAGAUGGUGAAUGGGUCAAGUUUAAUUAUUAGGUUUUGUUUUGUCGGGUUAAAUUUAGUUAUUAGGUUUCGUUGAGUCGGAUCUAUUAAAAUAUAAUUUAAAGAAGUAAUCGUAAUUUUGAAAAUACAAUCAUGAUUUUAAAAAUACAAUACGAUUUUAAAUUUAUAAUUUGAUAAGAGAAAUAGACCGAAAUGUUAUAGUUUAAAGGGUCCAAUAAAAAAUUUGGUUGAAAUUAGACAUAUAUAUAUAUAGUAGAGGGGUCAAGGGCAGUCAACCCUUUUUACUACGAGGGAAGAUAAUUACACGAGUCGUUUACAAUUAUUUGAUAAUUUUGCCCCUGAGUUUAACACCUAGAACCUUCUCCAUCUUCGCGAGCACGGCUUGGUUAGGAACGGCUUUUCCGUUUUCGUAUUCUUGAACCACCUGUGUACGCUCGUUGAUCUGUUUCGCUAGAUCUGCCUGCGACAUCUUCUUCUCCAAUCUCGCCUUCUGUAACGCGAGCCUAACCUCUGCUUUCACGCGAUCCAUCGCGGAAGGCUCUGUUUCCUCCUCCAGCUUCCUCGUGUUUAUCACCGGCGUAGCCGUGGAUUUCCCCUUUUUGUUCGAGCCGGCGUCGAAUUUCUUCACCGUCUGCACCGCGACGCCGCUUCUAAGCGCGGCGUUAACCGCCUUUGGAUCGCGCAGGUCUUGGCUCUUUUGCUUCGAUUUGUGUAGCACCACCGGCUCCCAGUCCUGCGUCACUGCUCCUGGGUAUCUGCUCGGCAUCGUAGUUGGUUUUGAGAGAAAAGAAAAAAGCGAAGAAUCAAUUGAUAUCUUAGUUUCUGAGAAUUGAGAACAAUGAACACAAUGAAUAUGUUCGUGGAGAGGGUUGUGAAUUUAUAGACAAAGUUGAGUUUCUGGAGAAUUCGAUCAUCUUUUUCCUCCAUUUUCGUAUCUGGAAAGUUCGUAAGACUGUAAUGACGUGUCUUAUCCUUAUUGGGUAUUCAAUCUAGUGACGUGGCAUUUUGAAAAAUUGACUCCUUCUCUCGAUAUAUUCAACGGUACACAGUGAUAGAAGUGAAUCGGACGGUCAUCAGGGCCUCAAAAGAGUGAUGACCGUCGAUAAAAAUUCCCUAAUGAGUAUUGGCGCUAACCUUUUCCCCCCUUCUCGAUUUCUAUGAGCUCAAAAGAGCCGCUCUCUCUCUCAUUCUCUCUCAAUCUACACUCGGAAAUGCAGCGGCAGAGAUCGAUUUUGUCUUUCUUCCAGAAGCCCUCGCCGGCGACUCAGGAUUUAGGUUCUGGCGAUGGUACUACCGUCGGAGGAGGAAAAUCACGAUUUACUGUGAAGGAAGGGGAUGUUAACGGCGGCGCUUCGGUACGCUCUGUGGAGCGAAAUGUAUGGAAAUCUGUGGAUGAGGUCAGGGGAACGGAUACCCCGCCGGAGAAAGUUCCGCGUCGUGUCCUUCCGUCCAGCUUCAAGGCGGCUGAUGCUGAAUCCGCCGGAGGUGGUGCUUCGUCGUCGCUCUUCUCCAAUAUCAUGCACAAGUUUGUGAAAGUCGACGAUCGAGAAUGUUCUGGAAAGAGGAGCCGAGAAGGUGUUGUUCCGCUUGAUGAUUCGUCUGUAUAUAUGAAGGCUGAUGAUGUUUUCCCUGAGAGUCGUUCUAAUAAUGGUCGACCACAGGAAAGAGACCAAGCUUUUAGCUUCAGUGGGACAGCUGAUGUAAGAACGGUAGAAGAUGUAGAUAACGAUGUUCUUGGCCCAGAAACACCAGGGAUGCGUCCAAGUGUUCCUCGCUUGAAGAGAGCUCUGGAGGAUGAGAUGGGUUUUAAGGAGGACAAGGUCCCUGUAUUGGAUUCUAACAAACGGCUGAAAAUGCUCCAGGAUCCGAUUUGUGGAGAGAAGAAAGUAGUAAACGAAGGAACCAAAUUCGAAUGGCUUGAGCCUUCUCGGAUCAGGGACGCCAAUAGAAGACGCCCUGAUGAUCCCCUUUACGACAGAAAGACCCUGUACAUACCAACUGAUGUUUUCAAAAAGAUGUCUGCUUCUCAGAAGCAGUAUUGGAGUGUCAAGAGUGAAUAUAUGGAUGUCGUGCUUUUCUUUAAAGUGGGAAAAUUUUAUGAGCUGUAUGAGCUAGAUGCAGAAGUAGGCCACAAGGAGCUUGACUGGAAGAUGACCAUGAGCGGCGUGGGAAAAUGCAGACAGGUCGGUAUCUCUGAAAGUGGGAUAGAUGAUGCAGUGCAGAAGCUAGUAGCUCGUGGAUAUAAAGUUGGACGAAUCGAGCAGCUAGAAACAUCUGACCAAGCAAAAGCCAGAGGUGCAAGUAGUAUAAUUCCGAGGAAGCUAGUUCAAGUAUUCACUCCAUCAACAGCAAGCGAGGGUAACAUUGGUCCUGAUGCCGUCCAUCUCCUUGCUAUAAAAGAGGUCAAAAUGGAGCUAGAGAAGUCUUCAACUGCGUAUGGAUUUGCUUUCGUUGACUGUGCUGCCUUGAGGUUUUGGGUCGGGUCCAUCAGUGAUGAUGCAUCAUGUGCUGCUCUUGGAGCUUUAUUGAUGCAGGUUUCUCCAAAGGAAGUGGUAUAUGAAAGUAAAGGGCUAUCAAGAGAAGCCCAAAAGGCUCUAAGGAAAUAUACAUUGACAGGGUCUACGGCUGUACAAUUGUCUCCGAUACCACAAGUAAUGGCGGAUACAGAUGCAUGUGGAGUGAGAACUAUGAUAGAAUCGAGUGGAUACUUUAGAGGUUCUUCUGAAUCAUGGAACUCUGCCGUUGAUAGUUUAACUGAAUGUGAUAUUGCCCUUGGUGCUCUUGGAGAACUAAUCAAUCAUCUUUCUAGGCUAAAGCUAGAAGAUGUACUUAAGAAUGGGGAUAUUUAUCCAUACCAAGUUUACAGAGGUUGUCUCAGGAUUGAUGGUCAGACGAUGGUAAAUCUUGAGAUAUUCAACAAUAGCUGUGACGGUGGGACCUUGUACAAAUAUCUUGAUAACUGUGUUAGUCCAACUGGUAAGCGGCUCUUAAGGAAUUGGAUCUGCCAUCCACUCAAAGAUGCAGGGAGCAUCAAUAAAAGACUUGAUCUAGUUGAGGAAUUCACGGCAAAUUCAGAAAUUAUGCAUAUCACUGGCCAGUAUCUCCAUAAACUUCCAGACUUGGAAAGACUGCUCGGACGCAUUAAGUCUAGCGUUCAGUCAACAGCCUCUGUUUUGCCUGCUCUCCUUGGGAAAAAAGUGCUGAAACAACGAGUUAAAGCAUUUGGACAAAUUGUGAAAGGGUUCAGAAGUGGAAUUGAUCUGUUGUUGGCUCUACAGAAGGAAUCGAAUAUGAUGAGACUGCUUUGUAAACUCUGUAAACUUCCUGUAUUAGUUGGAAAAAGUGGGCUAGAGUUAUUCCUUUCUCAAUUCGAAGCAGCCAUAGAUAGCGACUUUCCUAAUUAUCAGAUGAAGUCGAAUACCAUCUGCAUAUUGCUUAGAUCUCGACUCAUGGAUACUAAAAAGAACUUUUCGAAUUUGGUUUUGUAUAAGAACCAAGACGUGACAGAGGAGAAUGCUGACACUCUCACAAUACUCAUUGAACUAUUCAUCGAAAGAGCCACUGAUUGGUCUGAGGUGAUUCACACCAUAAGUUGCCUCGACGUCCUGAGAUCUUUUGCAAUCGUUGCGAGUCUCUCUGCUGGAAGCAUGGCCAGGCCUGUUAUUUUCCCGGAAACAAACGGGCCGAUACUUAGAAUCCAAGGACUAUGGCAUCCAUUUGCUGUUGCAGCCGAUGGUCAACUUCCUGUUCCAAACGAUUUACUCCUUGGUGAGUCUCGAAGCAGCAUUAUUUAUCCUCGGUCUUUGUUACUAACCGGACCGAACAUGGGUGGAAAAUCAACUCUACUUCGUGCAACGUGUCUCGCCGUUAUCUUUGCCCAACUUGGUUGUUACGUGCCUUGUGAGACAUGUGAACUCUCUCCAGUAGAUACUAUCUUCACAAGGCUUGGCGCAUCUGAUAGAAUCAUGACAGGAGAGAGUACAUUCUUGGUGGAAUGUACUGAGACUGCAUCAGUUCUUCAAAACGCAACUCAGGAUUCACUUGUGAUCCUUGACGAGCUUGGUAGAGGAACUAGUACUUUCGACGGAUACGCCAUUGCAUAUUCUGUUUUUCGUCACCUAGUAGAGAGAGUCCAGUGUCGGAUGCUCUUCGCAACGCAUUACCACCCUCUCACAAAGGAGUUCUCGUCUCACCCACGUGUCACCUUGAAACACAUGGCUUGCGCAUUCAGACCAAGAUCCGACCAAGAACUACUUGGCUGCGAGCAAGACCUUGUGUUCUUGUACCGUUUGACCGAUGGAGCUUGUCCUGAGAGCUACGGACUUCAAGUGGCUCUCAUGGCUGGGAUACCAAAUCAAGUCGUUGAUGCAGCAUCGUCCGCUGCGCAAGCCAUGAAGAGAUCGAUCGGUGAAAACUUCAAGUCGAGUGAGCUAAGGUCCGAGUUCUCAAGUCUGCACGAAGAAUGGCUCAAGACAUUGGUUGGUAUCUCUCAAGUCGUCCGCAACGAUAACAACAAGGCCAUGUAUGAGGAAGAAGAUGUCCACGACACUUUGAUUUGCUUAUGGCAUGAGCUCAAAUCCUCGUUUGCUGUGUUGACCAAGUAAAGGCCAUAUGACAUAACUAUCUAUUGCCCGUUUUGUGAUUAAACCGGACAUAACCACUUCUUUCCAUAAGCAAUUCGUUCAUCUUGCUCAAUUUUCAGAAGCUUAACGUCAUUUAGUAACUGGAUUUCUUACAAAAGCUGAGAUAUAGAGAUUGAUUGGAUAAACUCAAGAGGAACAUUAAUCUUCUGUAACAGCAAAAUGUAAUACAAUGCCUAGAUUUGAGGGAAAUGGUCUUGGUAAUAAUUUUUUUAGGAUUUUCACAUAUAUUAAAAGAAAUUAUCAUUGAUUACAUUUUACAAUAUUUUUGUUUCAAUUUAAUACCAUUAGGUAUUUAUCUGUAUUUUGCUGUGGA